UAAUUUCCCCUUAUAGGUUGGUAUGAAAAUUGUGCAGAGUAAGAGAGAAGAAACAAUUCGACCUGGAAGAAUCCGCUCAAAGGUAACAAGUGAGCAAAAACAAUGCCAUUGCCAACUGUCGUUUCCCCUAUUUCUUCUUUUUCUGGCGUACUUUUAUCCACUGUCACGGCGCGCGCUACACUCCCUCCAAAAUGCACCGUUUCCCCUUCCUCUGUUCUCUCUCGCAGAGACAUCGCUCUGCUCUCCUUCCUCGCUCUCUCUCCACCUGCCUCCGCCAUUGAAUUUGGCAUCUCAGGACCGAAGAAUUGGCUGAAAGAGCAAAAACGGAAGGCCUCCAAGUUCCUGUUGGCCCCCGUGGAUGCCUCCCGCCAAAUCCUUCGCUCUGCCUAUCUCACGCUCACGAAAACCGACGCUGCUUAUACGGAUGAGGAUUUGGAGCAGAUUCAGCAGCUGUUUAUAUCUGCUGCUAGGGACUGCGUACCACAGGACCGGAAUUCUUUCGUCACUUUCCAAGCCAAGAGCGGAGUAGAGGUGUGCACAUUUCGGUUGAUUGUGAAGAACGCUGCUUCGUUGCUUGGAAAUAAGGAUCCUGUAAAGUUGAAAGCUGAAGCUUUGCUAGAUAAUCUUAUAAGAUCUUUCGCCACUAUCAGUGGGAUGGCAAGUGAAACCAACAUUCAACUUGCAUCAGAUAGAGAAAAGAUAGCGGAUGCUGUAUCAGAUACCAUAUCUGAUCUCGACAAAUUUGAGCAGGGAAUUACGGAUUGCCUUGAAAGUUGAAACCUAACUGUAAAGAAUAGCCUAUCCUACUUUUUUUGAUGUGGAAAGUUGAUCCUUAAAAAAUCACGCAAGUAUGUGCUUCUGUCUUUUUCUAAGUGCUUACUUUCCUUUGAUUUUUUUUAAAAUUUUUUUUAGUUACUAUCUACCAUAACGAAAAAGGUUGGCCGUAUCUAUAGUUUUAAGCUUCUUUAACAGAUUGCACUUUCAAAACGAAAAAUGGUAGUGUAUAAUUUCAUCAACAAAUAGACCUGAAUCUUGUUUUGACUCUAAACUCUUUCACCACCGUACUGUCUGAACUAGGCUUUGGGUUUAUGCCUUUGCUAAAACGUUCACUUGUUUUUCAGGGAGCUUAUUGGUGUAAUAACCAAUUUUCUGGUAUCACCGGUUUGCUGACUACCGAGAAUACCAAAAUAUGAUUUUGCCGUACUUUAAAAUACUUAUUUGUUUCUCAAUCUGAAAUCUGUAAGCACUCUGUCAAUAAUCAUAUGAUAUUCUUUUUCAAUGCAUUCAAUCCUCUGAAUCGUUUUAUAGAGGAAAUACGCAUGCUCUUAAUAGCUUUAUCGUUUUGAUAUUACGGGAUGUGUUCAUAAUUUGACAUACUGAAUAUGCAUUUGCUAGGAUGUUCUGAAAUUAUUUCUUAAAAUCAGCCAAAAAAUAUGAGCGAUUUACAUCUUAAACUAUGGCUGUUUCCCUUUUUGUUUGGAACUGUGAAGGGAAUGUCCUGCUCUAAACAAAGGAUCAAAUAAAUUCAUACGAUACGGGAACGGUUAUCACUCCAAUUAGGAUUCUAAAUGUUACAAUAUUUUAAAUGAUAUAUUGUGAUUUUAGCUGGAAGUAUUGUUUGCUGAUCGAUGCUAUCUUUCUGUAAUGGUACGUUAUUUAGAGAAAAUGUGCUAUAUUCUCUGUUGAGUCAUUUCUUUUUCUUUUUGAUGUUUUCUGUCCAGUUGUCAUCAGUUUAUAGAUACUCUCCUCCAAUCCAAGAUACAAAAUACAAGAUGCGUAUCUGCCUUCUUGAAAGAGACUGCUAUUUUAAUGAGGGAGAGGUCGUGGUUGCUGAAGAUUUUUGUGUACCUUCAAACUGAAUGGAGAAAAGUAAUAAAUGCUUUUUUCUAAAUGGGACAACCCGCCUCCCCCAUAUCUUGGAAACUGCCAAAUCAAGACAAUAGUAGACAUCUACUUCACAUAACUCAUUUGGUGAUAAUUUCGUUCAGAGUUUACUUUUAUUUAUUUAUAAUCAGGUAAUAUCACAACAUAUGUAGUAGGCAUUAUUUUUUUAUGAUACUAAAAAACAGUUAGAAAUGUGAUGAAUAAAAUAUAACAAUUGAAUUUUAGAAUUAAAAUGAUUGUCAGUUUUUUAUUUUAAAAAAAAAAUUGCUCUGAACAUUAUUUUUUUGUUGUUUCAAUUUUGUUGAGUGAAAAAUCGGAUUUUGAUUUGGGGCUGGAGUAAUUGACUGGGUGUAUUUGCUAAAUAGUAAUACCAAAUAUGGAUAUUAAUAACUGCAUUAUUUAUUUACCAGCAAUAUUUUCAUCAUUUUACGCAUAGAAGAGAGUUGAAUUCUUCCAACAAGAACUGGAAAGAGAAAAAAAAGGCAGAAUUAAUUUACCUGGGUCGCCGACUGCGUAGAACAUAAAUUAUAGGAGCGACGUCAUAUAUGGGCCAACAAUUGUUGGGCGAAUUUGCAAAUAAAAAUGUGAUACCUACUUCCCAUGUGCUAAUUGUACAAUACAAUUAAUGAGGAUACAUCUCCACAAGAUUAUUGGACGUGAAUCUGAGACAGGGUUAUACAUAUCAAGACUGAGUGUUUGGUCCAUUAUGUGAAACAUUUUGAUCAGGUGAACCAGAAGCUUCCACCAAGUACAAUCGGCAGCAUGGUUUUCCAUCGUCUGGAUUGGUUUGUAGCGAUCUGGGCAAACUGCGGAGCCUGUUGAAGAGAUUUAAUGGAUCAUUUAAGAGACCAAAAUGGGCAUCUGGGUCUCCAAUUUGUGAAAGUUUUACAUUAGUGAACCCUAGGGAUGGCAAUAGAUGGUCUGGCCAAUCGCUGUAAAAUUGGAAGACUGAAUUGGAUAGAGUGGUUGAUGGCUUAUUCAUGAAGUCUGCUAAAAGGACUGUGUGUGCUAACACGCAUUUGUUAGCCAAAAUUCUCAGCACUUGCAUGGCUUGGGAUUGGGUGAGGUAGUAGAUGAUACCUUCUAGAAUCCAAACAGUGCUCUUUUGAGGUAUGUAUCCCGCAGUCUCAAGCUUUUCCAUCCAGUCAUUUUCUCUUAUGUCGGCUGCUACUCUGGUUAAGGAUUUGGCUUUGGACAUAAUAUGUUGCGAGUCGUACGCUGAGUCCGCAGCCGCUUGUAAAAUAGUGGUCUUUACAUCCAACACUCCUGAAAAGUCUACCUCAUACACAUCACUGUCCUUCAAGCAACUCAAACGAUAUGCUCUCGUGUCCAUUCCUACAUUAAAACUUCCAACUUUAUCAAUAUAUAGUUUUUGUACCAAAAAGUUACGAGUAUAUAUAACUGCUAGGGUAAAUAUAAUGCUAUAGGCAUGGACAGUUACAUCUAAUUUCUGAAGAAUAUGGACAGAUGCACUGGAUUGUGAUGUCAUUGAUUAUGUUUAGCUGAUGGCUAGAUAGACUGUGGUCCAAAAAAAUGUUAGUAAUGAUAUAAGAAUUGGUUUGUCAAAAUCAA